AUCUGAAACAUCAGUCAGUCAUCCCAAGUGAUACUGUUGUAAUGAGGAUAUGAUUCUCGCACAAGCUCUGUCGUGAUUGAGUGGUCAGCUCGGCCAUAUCCUUGAGAUCGACCGUACACAUGAAUCGUUCCAGCCUCGGACACAACAGAGACACCAGAGAGCGCGCGAAAUAUGUAGAGAAAAGAAGACACAUGCUACUAAAAUAGGAGUUACCUACCUUGAUGGCGAUCUCUUUCGUUUGUGUCAUGGUCGACAUGCGAGUUGUGUUGGAACGUUUACAUUAGAGAGGACACUAUUUACGUUUCGAUAUUUUCUAUCCAGUUUAUUUCAUCAGGACCCAAUACUAUUGCACUUAAAAGAAAUGGAACAACUUGCAGAACAAUUAGCUGAGACUGUUCAAGUCAAAUUUGAACCCAAUUCAACUGAUGCUGUACACCCUCGUCUCAGCCAAUAUAAAUGCCGAAAGAAUAUUUUGGAUCAAAAUGAGCGACGGCAGAGGAUAUUACAAGUACAGAAACAAAAUCGGUUUGAUUAUCUUAAAAAUAUACGUCAACUUGUAGAUAAUUGUUGGGAACCUAAUGAUGCUCAAGAGGAGGAUGUGUCUGCUGAAGAGUCUAUGGAGUGUGAAGUAUUUAAAAAACCAGGAAGAUUUUAUCAAAAUCAGCUUAUGCUAUCUGAAUGGUUGGUAGAAGUACCGAGUGACUUUGAACAAGAAUGGUUACUUGUGGUAUGUCCUGUGGGGAAACGGUGUUUGGUAGUUGCUUCUAAAGGAUCCACAUCAGUUUAUACUAAAAAUGGUUAUUUAGUGAAUAGAUUUCCUUCAAUGUUUCCUGGUGGUAACAGAGAUCAUGGAUCUUAUCAUGAAGCUGGUACUAUACUUGACUGUAUAUGUAAUGAAGCAGAAAAUGUUUAUUAUAUCCUUGAUGUUAUGUGCUGGAAUGGUCACCCAAUGUAUGACACAGAGACAGAAUUUCGAUUUUAUUGGUUGCAUAUGAAGUAUAAUGAAAGUCCAGAGCAUUUUGCUAAACAUGAUAAAUCAAAGUAUUCCUUUGUGCCAUUACCAAAUUUUCCCUGUAACAAAGAUGAUAUUUCAAAUUCACUUCAUUCAGCAAAUUUCACAGUGGACGGAGUUUUAUUUUACCACAAAAGGACUCAUUACACCUUUGGAUCUACUCCAUUGGUUGUAUGGUUGAAACCGUACAUGCUUCCUGAAAUUUUGAACAUUUCAGUUCCCGAAAAGAUGUUGGCUAACAUGCCACCCUCAUAUUCAAAUUAUUCUCAGCAUUUAUUAAAUGUUAAGAAAGAAAAAGAAAGAGCAUCACAACAGAAAAUAGUUAACACUCAGAAACCUCGUGAUUCUCCGGAACUUGCUAAUAAAGGUGCACGCAAUAGAGGCAAGAAAAAGAAGAAGAAAAAGAAGAAAAAGCAAAACCAAACAGCUGAUGAGAAUGAGAUUGAGAUAGAUGACGAUAUACAACAGACAUCUGAGUGUGGGAUGGAAACUAAUCACUUAAAAAGAUACAGGAUCAAUGACAGAGAUAACAAUGAAGGAAGUUGUUAAAUAAAUAAAUAAAUGUUUGUUUUAAAUGUCAUGUUGAAGGCACUAGUUUUCAUCUGAUAACCAAAUUUAAUCAACAUUGAGCCUAGUUAGUACUUAGAUGGGUGACCAUUUGGGGAACCUAGGUGCUGUAAGCACCUUUCAGUUUUAACUAUGUGUAUCCUGGUAUUUAGAAUAGAUACCAUAUGUCCCUGCUUGUCAUUUAGAGAUGACCAAAAGGGUUGGAAGGGAUUCUGGCCGUAAAACACUGCAAAAAGUCCUGCUCAAAUCAUGUUAGCUUGGAGAGGCAGGAAUAUAUAAUCAUUUAAACUAAGCUGUUUUGUUUUGUGGCGUGGAUGAUAUCUAUAGCAAAUCUUCAUUAGUCUAUUGCUGGAAAAUGUAUGAGUGCUGUAAUAAUCUGUAAGCCAAUGUUUAUUGAGCCAUUUCAUUACUUACGUCUCUUGUGAUUUCUGAGCCUGAAGCGGCAUGGAGAUAUCACAUUACUUGAAAAUGUUUCUCUCACCCUAUCUGUCUUAGGGUUAUUGGACAUUUUCUUUUAAGUUUAGAAAAUGUUCUUAAAUUCAGUAGAACUAUUUUUAGCAAAAUUGUAACUAGUUUUAGAAAUAGUGUGAUUAGAAUUCUAUCAUUUAGCUUUGAUAUCAUGUCAGAUUAUUUUAUAUUUUCAUUGUUUAGAAAUAACUGUAUAAAUGUAUUAUGUGUAUGUAGAAAACUGCAAUUAAAUGACUACUAAUCUUAGGUAGCUCAGUGCAGAUAAUGGGUUGUGUCCAAGGUAAAAAAAGGGUAUAAUGCAUUGAUUCUGUCAUUGCUUGAAGUAUUAGUACUCUAUGCUAGCUGCAGAUGUUGAGUUCCACUCCUUCUUUUGGUGUACUUUGAAGUGAGAUGUGUUCUGCCAAGUGAUUUGCUCUAGAUACUCUACUUCUUCUUCCCUACAAUUUCAGACCUUGGACUAAUGUUUUUAAUGAAAUUUGUGCUCCAUAUUAAUAUAUGUAACAAAAUAGGUAUAGUUUACAAAUAAUAACCAUCAUCUAAUCGAAACAUUCAUGAAAAAAUUAAGAAAAAAUAUUUUAAAAUUACAAAACUAUUAUAGUUGCUUUUAAUGCUUAUAUCUUUUUUAUUUAUUUUAUUUUUUUUUGAUGUCCAUGGACUUCUUAGAUUAGGUGUUAGAUAAUAAUGAAUGAACAUAAUUAAAUUUUAUUGUUUAUUAAACUAAGUUGAAAAUAUAAUACAAAAAUUAAGCAUAUAUUCACUAAUGAAUGAAAAUUAACAAAAGACAAAAAAAAAUUUAAAAGAGAAUUAUUUUGGUAUACUAACAUGAAAAAUUAAAUUGCUAUUACAUAACACUUGUAAGAAGUUGAUUUCUAACCUCAAACCUUGCUCAACUUAUUCUUGUACCUAUAUUUUUAAGAAAACUAAAGCAAAGAUUUAUAUUUAGGCAUAACAUCACAAAAUCAUAAGAGAGAGGUAUAGUUUAUUGAAUUGAUUCUGGUAUAUUAUUGGUGCUUAUUUUAUUGAAUCAAAAUGGUUGGAGAGCAAAUUUUAUCCCAGUUGGAUUUUAACUCAGAACAUAAUUGACAUAAUUACUUAAUUAAUUAGUGUUUUUCGUCUGUUAUUUCUGUUACUCCAACACUUUAAUAACAGUAAAGAAUUUGUAAUUUUUCAGCAGUGUUGUAAGAAAAGACAUAAAAAAUCGAACUGUUUUCUUAGAAAAAUUUGGAUAAUUUUCUUGAUGACCAAAGUUACUUAGGGAAACAUUCCGAAAUUUUUGUUCCAGUGCAGUUUGCAUGAAAGUUUAAGUAAUGGAAUCUACUACUAGUUCAUUAAAUACUGAAUGGUUGUGUAAUCCAUUUUCUCAUUAACUUUAAGAAUAUUUAUUUUUGUGCCUUUCAAAUUCAAAUUUAAUCCAUUUAAAACAUAAAAUAUGCUGCAUAAGCUGGCCAACUGUUCUGAUCGAUCAAAUUCAUAAAAAUCUAUCUUCAAAUUAAAUAUAACAUCUAUUAUCAAUGGAGGGUGUUGAUCUAAAACAACAAAAAUUUAUUUUUUCAUUAAAAAAAAAUCACAUUCCAAAACAUUUCUUUUUUGAUAAUCAUCAAAAUUAACAAUAUCAAAAGAGAAAUACAUAUUCACCUCAUACAGUAAAAAUCCUGCUAUUCAAUAGAUGAAAGUUUGUAUAAUUUAAUAAGUUCACACACACUUUGAACACUUGAGGACUUACAUCUCACCAUUUAAGCUUGUCUGUGAGUAAAUGUACACCUAUACAAAGUUUGGUGCAACUUAUUGAUUUUCUGGAACAAUCUUUAGUAGCAACCCAACAUUGCCCAUACUCCAUUGCUAUUUAGUCCUAAACUUAUUUUCUGAGUCAAUAUUUUAUUUAUUGAUAAAAUCAUUCAUGAGUAAAAUUCUAUGGUCACCUUUGAAUUUUUUUCUUGUUUUGUUGAGGAAGCAUGAACUUUUACCAUGCAUUUUAUACCAGCGAUCCUCAACGUUUUUUGCACCACAGACUGGGUUCAUGCAAAACAAUUUUUCACAGACUGGUCGAUCACGCACAUAACAAAAUACAAUAAAGUGCAUAAUAUAUAAUUCAAUUAUUACAUAUUAUAUGCAUAAUGCAAAAAUUCCCUGCAGACUGUGACAGUCAAAAAAUAGAAAUAAAAUCUAAAAAUUUAUUUAUUCUUUGUGGUCUGGUGCUAAUCUAUGGCCUGGUGGUUGGAGACCCCCUCUUUCAUACAACAAUUAUAAUAAAUCUGAAUAAACUGCCAUAGUAUUAUUAUAAACAAGAAUGCUUUUUUUUUUCCUGAGGAUUUCAUUGUCCAUAAUUGGUUCUGUGCAUUUAUACACAAGUGAAUACUGCAUACAAACAAAAACAAUGGAACAAAUUUCAAUUCAGUAAUGAUAAUAAGAAAUAUUAAUGCUUGCAAAUAUGAGUAACAGUAUUGAUUUAGAUAGGUGAAUUAAAAGUGCAUUGAGUACUACAUGUGUACUUGCAAAAAGGAAAUAUCUGGUCAAAUUUUCAGUCCUCUCUUUUACCUAGAAUUAGAUCCCAAAACAAGGGUUUAAGCAUAUGGUCAUUGUCGUGCCCCAACUACAAUGCAUUGAUCAACUUAAUAGAUGAAAUAAAUCCACAAUGCUCUCUACACUGAAGCUAAAUAAAGCUUUUGAUAUUCGUAUGUUUGAUGGAACAAUCAUUCUAAUAUUUUCUUAGUACCAGUACCGGGUUGUAUAUCAUAGUUGAAAAAAAUACUGCACUACUUAAGGAUGAAACUUAUAGACUUUCCCUCUAAACCAUUAAGCUAUGGAACUCUGGCACACUACUAUGGACAGUAGCUUGAUAUUUAAGAACUUUUAUACUCCCUUUUUUUUUAUUUAAAAUUAUUUCAUUUUUUGUCAUUUCCUUGACAUUGUUGGUCAGUGAUGAAACUUAAAUCAAAUGUCAAUUGUUCAUCGUAUUAAUUAGUUGAGUGUUAUCUGAUACUGCCAAUUAAUAAUACAAUGAUCAUGCAGCAUACAGCAUUAAUGCAUCCUUUCCUGCAGUAUCUUUUUGCAAACUUAGAUCUUGGUAAAUUUAAACUUAUAAACUUAGAAUCUUAUAAAAGUGAAUAACUGUGAUCAUAAAUGUGAAGAUCUUUAUAAAAUCUUUUGAACUGGAUGUAGACAGGAUAUAUUUUAGUUCCAGUUAUUGUAGCUUUUAAAUCGAAUAUUACUUGUUGUGACUUGAUGAUUGUUGCCAAAUAUUUCUAUUAAAUGGUAGUUUGGAAUUCAGAUAAUCUGAAUCAUUAUUUGAAAUUAAAGUUGGUUCAAUGGUAAGCCAUGUGCAGUUCAAUAUUAAGCUAUUAGAAUUAUAAGAUUUCUUUUCUUUGUUCCAGUAUUGUUCUGAUAUUUUGUUUCUGAAAUUUGUAUUAUCAAAACUAGGUUGUGUUAUUAGAAUUGGUUUAAUUAAUUCUCUGUAUGUGUAUGGUGCUUCCAUUUUAAUUUAGACUAGAUUAGAACUUGAAUGAAACGCUGCUGGUUAAUGAUAGAUGAAGUAUUCACUUCAUUUUCUUGCAGUACUGUGCUUCAACAUUUGUUCUUAUACAAAUCAGGUUGUCUAAGCCAGCAGCUGUUAAGGGUCUUCUCUUUGAGUACACCAGUACAUGUGGCAGGAUGCAAACCAUUGAACCAAUCAGUUUACUGCAUUGCUGGUAGAUAGUCUCUUGAUCUAGUCAGCUGUGGUUGUUGUUUUUUUGGACAGUAAAACAAUAAUUUAGAUGCUUUGUUAUAUCAAGUUUGGUAAUACAUGCUUCUAAUGUCAAAUACCGAUUGAAUCAAUAAAAGGAAUAUUUCUGUUAUAUUGGAAGCAAGUCAUUUUAACUACCACAUUAGGAGUAACUUGGGUGUUUUGGCAGCAAAAAAUAUUACAACAAAAGAUGCUAUGUAAUUGUUGAUAUGACAAUAAACUCAAUACUUCUUGUAUUUAUUACUGAAA